CUACCUCACUCUCACUCACCCACCCACACACACACAAUCACACACACUCGAGUGGGAGCUUAAAUGCGAUCGUCAUUUCUCUGUCAUCUCCAGAUCAUUCAACAUGUUAUUUUUCUGAAGAUCCUGGAUAUUUUUUUUUUUUUCCUUCGCUCCUUCCACAUUCCAACUUUGCUGGGAAGCUGAAUCGAUGCAACAGAAGUUGUGAGACUGAUUUAAACCGGCACCUCGAAAACCAUUAAGAGAUUUUCAUCACUGGAUCAUUUGCUUUGUGUUCAUCGAGUCAAGUGGUUAAAAAAAAAAGAAAAAAAAAGAAUUCCAGUCACCUUUUUGUUCCACGUCAUGGAAACCUUGUAAACGCUGCUUUUAUGGAGUGUGAAAUUUUGGAUGCAUGAGCCAAGUUUGGAAGGAAAAAGUCAGACAAAAGCUGAUGGAACAGCUGCAACGUGCUGAAGGCUUCUUUCAAACAAGACAACACAGUAUCUUCAGAAAUGACCACCGUGUCCAUGGAGCCCGUCGGAGUCCUGGUGGAGAGGAGCACCAACGUCACCGAGCCCCCUCAGAGCGCUCAUGAGGACCCGGCGGCCACCUUCGCCAUUGGCACCAUUCUCUCCAUUAUGUUUCUCGUGGGAGUCUUGGGAAACAUCUACACCCUGGUGGUGAUGUGCCAUUCCAUGCGGAGCGCAGCUUCAAUGUACAUUUAUAUCAUCAACCUGGCUUUGGCAGAUCUCAUGUAUCUUCUCACCAUCCCGUUUGUGGUGUGUACGCACUUCCUGAAGCGCUGGUACUUUGGGGACGCCGGUUGUCGGAUCCUGAUCAGCAUGGACUUCCUGACCAUGCACGCCAGUAUCUUCACACUGACUAUCAUGAGCACAGAGCGCUACUUUGCGGUGCUCCGACCCUUGGAUACGGUCAAACGCUCCAAAAAGUAUCGCAAAGCCAUCGCGCUACUCGUUUGGGCCGCCUCGCUUAUCCUCACCUUACCCAUGAUUGUAAGCAUUCAGUUGAUGAAGGUGGGCAACAAGGCGAUGUGUCUUCCCACCUUGUCAUCGCUGUCCUACAAGAUUUACAUCACCUUCCUUUUUUGCACGAGCAUCGUCGCCCCCGGACUGAUCAUCGGCUACCUUUACAUCCAACUUGCUCGGACUUACUGGGUUUCACAAACGGUGACCUUCAAAACCACCAAUAAGCUUCCCAACCUGAAGGUUCUCUACUUGAUUUUCACCAUCGUGCUCCUCUUUUGGGCAUGUUUCUUGCCUUUUUGGAUAUGGCAACUCCUGGGUCAGUACCAUCCGUCACUGCCCCUGUCGUCCGCAGCCAAGCGCAACAUCAAUUACCUGACGACAUGUCUGACGUACUCCAACAGCUGCAUCAACCCCUUCCUAUACACACUGCUCACCAAGAACUACAAGGAGUAUUUGAGGAAGCACAACCGCUCGUGGUCAGCCGGGAGUUUUUUUGACAGGAGAGGCCGUACGCAGCGCUCGCCGCGCAGGUCACCGUCCGCGAGCAGUCAGCAGUGCACGGAGAGUUUCAUGCUCACGCACACGGCCUCCUUGCGGGCCCACAACAGCAGCUUGUGAGAUCUGACGGAAGUGCGCUGAAGGAAGACAAAGGACCAAAGAAGCACGUGGAAAUGGCUUGUUAUCUCUGUGAAAUUGACAGAAUAAAUAGAAGCGUGACAAAUGUAAUGGAUGUUUUUCGAACACACUUUCAUACGUGUGCUCACGAUGAACCUCUAUGUAUCGUC